UACUCUUCACCAACCAUGGCUUCCGAGGCGUUCAUCGUAUUUUUGACUAUGGCCGUUGUGGUUUUUGGUCAAAGCAAAGACAAAGGUUUUACAAAUGAGGAGAGGCAGUAUAUCUUAGAUCUUCACAACUAUCUGAGAAUGAAAGUGGCUACAGGAAAGGAGAGUAACCAACCCCCUGCUGACUACAUGAUGGCCAUGGAAUGGGAUGACCGUUUAGAGGAAAGAGCACAGAAAUGGGCUGAUGGCUGUCCAACAUAUCACAGCCAAGACGGCUCAUGGUACAGGAAGGUCAAACCCUACGAGACGGGAGAGAAUCGUGUCGAAGGCAUGUUGUAUGCUAAUUUUGAAAAGGCUAUCGCCGAGGGCUGGUAUGGUGAAUACAAAGGAUACCACUAUAAAUCAAAUUAUUGUUCCAUGUCCAUGUGUGGACAUUAUACGCAGGUAACUUGGCAGAAUACUACCCUGCUGGGUUGCGGUUGGAACCGAUGCAAAGGGCGAUCACCGGUCAUGUUCUGCCAUUAUGGGCCAACCGGUAAUAUCUAUCCAUCUUAUGGAAACUCACCAAGGCGGCCAUAUCUGGUGGCGGCAAAGGGAGCACAGUGCAAAAAGUGUCCCAUGGGUUUUGAGUUGUGUAUGAACAAUGGACUUUGUGCUGCACCCUCAGCUUGUGCGAACUCCGCUUCAAAAUGCACCUGUCCAAUCACAUCAUGUAAAAAUGGAGGGAAGCUUGACAAGAAGAAGUGCCAAUGUAAAUGUAAGCCAGCUUGGGAAGGCACACACUGUGAGCGGCCGUGUAUGGACACGUUCGGCUGGUGCAGCAUGGCUUCUAACAAGGCAGGUUGUGUCUGGGACAGCAUCAAACACGAAUGGGCGACUACCGUAUGUAGGAAGACAUGCAGUGUUUGCGGUUUAACACUUGACCGUGACGAUGGAAAAUCAAACAAGAACGGAAUCAAAUCUAACGCCCCCAUUACUAAACCAAAGAACCCGAAGAAAACAGGUGGUGGAGGCAAGCCUGGUGCUGCAAAGUGCCCCAACAAGGCAGGAGAUGAUGAGUGUGAGGGCUGGGCAGCUGAAGGCCAGUGUAAAGAAAACCCUAGAUACAUGAAGAAGAACUGUGCCAGGUCUUGUAAUUCAUGCCCAGUGUGCAAGAAUAUCAACGGUGAUGAUGAUUGUGACCCAUGGGCAGCCAGCGGUGAGUGUCAGAAGAAUGUGAAGUGGAUGAAGAAGAACUGCGCGAAGUCAUGCAAUGCGUGUGACGAGGGAGGCAAGGGAAGUGAGUGCCGCAAUGUCUAUCCAAACAGACAGAGAUGUGAUGACUGGGCUAGGGUCGGAGAAUGUAGUAGAAAUAGAUGGAUGAUCUACAACUGCGCCAAAUCAUGUAAUUCUUGCUGAAAUUUUUGAUUAAAUU